AUACAGUUAAACUGCCUGUAAAAACAGCAGCGCACUCGCAGGUGUCUGGCACUCAGAGUUAUUCAUCCAACAGCAGCAUGACUGCGAAAGUUAUUUUUCUGGGACUUCUGCUCAUCUGUGUCGCCGCAGGUGCAGAGGAGAAGUCUCCACAUGAGAGAAGGCCUUCUUGUCUUGACAUGCCGGAGAUCUUGGCGUGUCCUAUGAAUCUCGCUCCUGUGUGUGGCAACGAUGGAAACACAUAUGCCAAUGAGUGUACACUGUGCGCCCAGAGUCGAAAAAUCAAGAUGGACAUUUACGUUGUCAAGGACGAGAGCUGCUGAUCUGCACAGCCAUUGAUGUCACCGCCAAGGGACCAACCGAGAUCUGAUUAUCACACCAAAAUGAAUCUUUGAAAUGACAACUGGAUUCCAACUGUCUUAAAUAUGUGUCAUUUUCAUGAACAACAUAAAUUUCAAUGAGCAGCAA